UCACACACAGACUGAGUGAGAUAGAGGAAAGGAGGGAGGGGGAGAGAGAAAGAAAGAUACAUAUUGUUAGUUCAUUCCAAGAUAAACUUUAUUCAAGGAACUGUCUGUAAGAUUAAGAAAUCGUAAGAAUAAAAUAUAGACUGAAUAGUAAACUUUCCUAUAAUUCCAUCGGUUUUUAUUAGGUAGUCUAGUUUAACAAUAAAACCAGCUGGUGGGAGCAAGGUGUCCUACCCCCUGCCGUUCAAGUCUGCCCCUCCCUAACCCUCUGGCCUGAGCUCUGGGCAUCCAUGCCCACACCCCCAUCUUACUGCGCUUGCGCUGGUGGAUAGACACAGGGAUGAGCAACAGCGGGACCAAGGAGCCGUCACCACAGCCAGGCGUGGCCCAAUCACCUAACUUUACACCUCCACGCAGGGGCCGGGGUCGCCCACGGAAACAACAGGAGGAGCCCACUGGCCCCCCAACUCCAAAGAGGCCGAGAGGACGACCCAGAGGAAGCAAGAACAAAGGCCCUCGUGCCACACCCAAGGAAGUAGAGCCUGUCGGGGAGAGAAGACCAAGGGGCCGGCCAAGGAAAUGGCCUCAGAGAGUAGUUCAAGAAGUCGUCCAGGAACAGCAGGGUCCUUCAGAAGAAACUGAGGAGGGCCCCUCACAGUCACAGUCUUUACCCACUGAGGCCUCGUCAUCUCACUCUCCAGCCCAGGAAGAAGCAGAGGGGGAAUAGACAAUGUGCCACAGUACUACCUCAAGGUUUGGGCAGAGACAGAGGUGUAUACUCUUAGAAAAAAGGGUUCCAAAAGGGUUCUUUGUCUGUCCCCAUAGAAGAACCUUUUUGGUUCCAGGUAGAACACUUUUUGGUUCAAGCUAGAACAUUUUAAGUUCCAUGUAGAACCUUCUGUGGGUUCUACAUGCAAACAAUAAGGGUUCUAUGGGGACAGCCAAAGAACCCUUUUAGGUUCUAGAUAGCACCUUUUUUUUCUAAGUGUAUAAUCCAACCUCCACUGUCAUGAGGAUCUAAAACAACAGAUAAUAGCCCUGCUUUGUGGAACUGUAGGCCUGGUUGGGUUAUUGUGUCUGGAGUCUAUCCAGCACUGAGGCUGGGUCAAUGAUGGACAUAGCUUUGGUCAGUUGAUUGAUUACUAAGGAUUCGGUCAAUGCGUGCAACAAUUCAGUUUGACUGCCCAAACCUUUUCUCAUGAACGAGAUUGGUUGAUGCUGUAUGUUUGAGUGUGUGUGCAUGCAUGUGUGUGAGCACGUACGUGUGUAUGUGGUGGUGGUGGUGAUGAUGGUGGGGAAGGGUUUUCAAAAGAAAAGGAUGCAUUUCAAACAGCGGCUACUGGGACAAGAGGCAUGACCCAAUUUACGUUAUGUCUGUCCUGAUUGUGAAGAAACACAGGGAUAUUUUGUUAGAUAUAUAUUUGAAUGGGAAUACAUUUUACAUUACCAUUAACAUAAGCAGAUAUAAGUCUAAACUCAACAGUGUCCAAUUGACAUGACAUCGGACCACACUCAGGUUUUGUAUUUACCUUUAUCUUCUCAAUACUCAUUAAAACCUCAGGUAUUUUGCCUUAAUGUAGCUAUGCAUUUAGCUAUUCAGGAACAUAUCAUUCUACUCAGUUAUGAUAUUAUCCUAUUUUAUUGUGUAUUUCUGAUUUGUUUUUUUGACAUUCACAAUAUGACUUGACACACAAACCUCAUUCAGACCUCAGUCCGUUUACCUUUCAGUCUACCUCAGUCACGGAAAUCAGAGAACUCUUAUAGCCUCUCCCCAUACCAAAAAAACGAACACACACACGCAUACCUACUCAGGAUACUCCCAUACGUACUGUACCCGCUAGCCUCACACUCUCCCUCCCACUUCCAUGCUGACAGACUCUUUAAGUGAAUCCCAGCAGAAGCCUAUAGUGGCUCUGAUGAAAUGCCUGUCUUGAGAAUUGGUCUAUCUACAGUACCUGGGUUCAAAAUGACCCAAUAUUUUAUUGUUUGCUGUAGUUUUUACUUAUGUUGUAUUUGUUCUAUCACAACCUCUGUGAACCCUUACGUGUUCCCCUCUUAGCCUUUUACACAAGAUAUGUCAUUUAAUUUCAUGUUCUCACAUUCACACUGCAGACGUUAGAUUAACAACCAUACCAUUUGAUGAAUUGAUGUCAGUGACAUGUGAAACAUGAAAUAGUGAGAUAAAAGUCAACAUUUUUUGGGCUCUUCCUGUAAUGUAUUUCUGGAGAGGGUGGACAAGUCCACAUAUGUUGUUUUUCUGUCAGUUGCAAGUUUCUAACCUAUACUCUGUCUUUCUUAUUACUUCACCUCUUUGGCUGGAAUUACUGUUUGCCAUGUGGACUACGUCUGAAACAGGUCUGUUUUUGGCACUGAGCACUGUCCCAGAGGGGUGGCUGACUGAUUUUAGCGUUGCUUGUCCCAUGUGAUCUUAUGAGACCUAUAGAACAUAUAUCUGCUGUCCACUCAUCUCACUAGGUUCAUAACAGCAUAUCGUACAGGUAAAUAAACCCGAAGUACUGCAUUGUGAUGUCAGUAAAAGUGCCUCCUAAACUAACUUCAUACCUAAGCAACGUCAGGAUAUCCGCUGUCUAUAUGAUAUUGACAGUGUUGCUCUAUGAGCUUACUGAUAUAGAUACAGUAUAUUCAGUGUGUGUGUGUAUAUAUAAGUACACAUAUCUUAGGAGUUUGUCAUGUGCUUGUUGUAAUGCUUUAUGUACAAGGGCUUUUAAAUAUUGAGUAGUGUAGUUGGGUCCUGUUAUCUUGUAACAUCUUCAGUUUUUAAGCUUUUCACAUUUUUUUGCAACAUUUGGAAAUGUGUCCCUUUCAUUUCAGUCUCCUUGAUCAUGUACUUCAUGAAGAUUUAUUUUCAAUGUCAUCCAUUUGAACUUGAAUACACAACUCAAAAUGGUGUUUUUUAGUUUGCCUCUGAUCUGUCUCGCUUUAUGGUGUUUUUGCAUGAGUAUAGAGGUGCUGCUUGGUCUGUCUGUCUACCAAUAAAAGUAUCA